AUGGCACUGAUGAAAGUCAAAUUCAACCAGAAGAAAAGGGUAAAGCUAGCGCAGGGACUAUGGCUCAUGAACUGGUUUUCAGUGUUUGCUGGAAUCCUUGUUUUUAGCAUGGGGUUGUUCCUCAAAAUUGAACUCCGGAAGCGAAGCGAAGUGAUGGACAAUUCUGAAAGCCACUUUGUGCCCAAUUCUUUGAUAUUGAUGGGUAUAUUAUCCUGCGCCUUCAAUGGUUUAGCUGGCAAAAUCUGUUACGAUUCUCUGGAUCCCGCUAAAUUUGCCAAGUGGAAGCCUUUGCUGAAACCUUACCUGGCACUAUGCUUCUUCUUUAACAUACUCAUUUUCUUCACUGCUCUGAUUUGCUUUCUCAUGCGGGGCUCUCUGGACAGCACACUGGCCCACGGGCUCAAGAACGGCAUGAAGUUCUACCGGGACACAGACACUCCUGGAAGAUGCUUCAUGAAGAAGACCAUCGACAUGCUUCAAAUUGAGUUCAAAUGCUGUGGGAACAACGGCUUCAAAGAUUGGUUUGAAAUCCAGUGGAUCAGCAACAGAUACCUGGACUUCAGCUCCAAAGAAGUGAAAGACCGAAUCAAAAGCAAUGUGGACGGGAGGUACUUGGUGGACGGUGUCCCUUUCAGCUGCUGCAACCCCAGCUCCCCGAGACCCUGCAUCCAGUACCAGGUCACCAACAACUCGGCUCACUACAGCUACGACUACCAAACAGAGGAGCUCAACCUGUGGCGCCGUGGCUGCCGGGAAGCCCUCCUGCACUACUACAGCGGCAUGAUGAGCUCCAUGGGCGCUGUCGUUCUCCUCGUCUGGCUUUUUGAGAUGUCCGUGAUGGUUGGCUUGCGGCUUCUGCACACCUCUCUGGAGAACAUUGCAAACCCGGAAGACCCGGAAUGUGAAAGCGAAGGGUGGAUCCUGGAGGACAGCCUGAAGGACACUUUGAAGUCUGCACUGGAGAGUUUGAAAAAGAUUGGUAAGUUCAACCAGGUGCAAGCAGACGCCGAAGGGGCUGAAGGAGAGGAAGGUGGGAAGACACCAGCCAUCAGCACAGUCAGUUGA